CAUCAAAAAUGAAGCUUUCAGUAAUGGCGACAGUUUUUGUGGUGUGUGCUCUGUUUAUGGAGGCUGCGUUGGGAUUGGGAAGAACACAAUGGCGUUUACAGAAAAAACAAGGAGAAGACGACCUCGUCACUAACUUGCCCGGCCAGCCCCUUGCCGGAUUCCGCCAUUUUGCCGGCUAUGUCACCGUCCAUGAGCCACACGGGAGGGCAUUGUUUUAUUGGUUCUACGAGGCUGCGUCUCACCCAGAACAAAAACCCUUGGUUCUAUGGCUGAAUGGAGGUCCUGGGUGCUCCUCUGUGGGUUAUGGGGCAACACAAGAGAUUGGUCCAUUCAAAGUGGAGAAUGAUGCAAAUGGGGUUAAAUUAAAUGAGUAUUCUUGGAAUAAAGUGGCCAAUAUGCUGUUCUUGGAAUCUCCUAUUGGUGUUGGCUUUUCAUACUCAAAUACAACUAGUGAUUAUGACAAUUUGGGCGACCAAUUUACAGCGAAUGAUUCAUAUAACUUUUUGCUGAAGUGGUUCCUUAAGUUUCCAUCGUAUAGAAACCACACUUUUUACAUUGCAGGAGAGAGCUAUGCAGGCAAGUAUGUUCCUGAACUGGCUGAGCUCAUCCAUGAUAGGAAUAAAGAUUCUUCCUUUCACAUCGAUUUGCAUGGUGUUUUGUUAGGAAAUCCUGAAACAUCGGAUAGCGAUGACUGGAGAGGGAUGGUGGAUUAUGCAUGGAGCCACGCAGUAAUAUCCGAUGAAACUCACAAAAUAAUAAGAGAAAGCUGUGAUUUUAACAGCAACGACACUUGGAGCAACAACAAUUGCAGUGAAGCAGUGGACGAGUUGCUUACCCAAUACAAAGAAAUCGACAUUUACAGCCUUUAUACGUCUCUGUGCACUGCCAAUCUCGCAUCUACUGAUGGCAACUCCAUGCAAACCCUAACCAUCAAACGCUCCGCUACCAUGAUGCCAAGAAUGAUGGGUGGAUACGAUCCGUGCUUGGAUGAUUACGCGAAAACAUUUUACAACCGACCAGAUGUUCAAGAAGCCCUUCAUGUGAGUGAUGGGCAGCAGCUGAAGAAUUGGAGCAUUUGCAACACAACCAUAUUCGAAAACUGGUAUGAUUCAAAGCCUUCGAUUAUUCCCAUAUACGAGAAGCUGAUUGGAGCUGGGCUUAGAGUAUGGAUCUACAGUGGCGAUACUGAUGGAAGAGUACCAGUGUUGUCGACUCGAUACAGUCUUAGCUCGCUCGGUCUGCCGAUUACCAAGGCAUGGAGGCCUUGGUACCACGAGAAGCAGGUCAGUGGUUGGUACCAGGAAUAUGCUGGGCUAACGUUUGCCACAUUCAGAGGCGCUGGACAUGCAGUGCCAUGCUUCAAACCAAGCAGUUCACUAGCGUUCUUUGCUUCGUUUCUGAAUGGACAAUCCCCACCUUCUGCAAAAUGAUUAAGCUUAAUUAACUAAUGCCACUGUAUUAUAUUAUACAAUAAUUAAUGCUUCUAAUCAAUGCUUAAUCCAUAAUAA